AUGAAGCCAAGAAGGUAUCGCAAUGACAUCGCUUGUAUCUUCGAGUUGGUCAUGACCGACAGCCAUUUCUAUCAGCUUGCAGAGAUGCUGUUGGGCGGACUUACCGCCACGGAAAUAUCCCUGGUAGCGCAUCUGCUCGGGAUAACAGACAGUUUCCUUUACGCCAACAAAUACCUCAAUCCUCUCAGGGAACUGGAUCCUUUCAUGGUUUAUUUUCUGCCACUUAUACAGCAAGGCAAUCGGCUCCUGAUUCUUGGCGAUGGUCUUGUUGCCCUGAUGGAGAGAAUCCAGUCUCCAGCCACGUACUGGGGUAAUCCGGUGGCUGCACCGCCGGAGAUUUGGAUUGCGGCUAUUUCGCCCACUGAGCCCCAUCAUGAAGCAUCGGAAGCCUCUCAUGACUAUUUGAUUCAUCCGGCGGAGAGCAAGUACCUGUCCAGAGACCCUGAUACUAGCAUGCCAACGACGCGCUCCAAAGAUACAUCCUUGUUUCUGAGACCUCGACAUCCUAAAAUCGAGAGCCAGUGGUCGAAAUACAUGUGCACCGUGGGCUCAUGCUCUUUUGAGAUUGAUUGGAAUGAUCUGUAUAGCGACAUACAGCCCACAUCUACUCUUCCAUACAUCGACGCUACAGAGGAGCCCCACAAGAUCAAAUUCUCAAGGGCCGAUGCCACACUGGAGUUCAAGUCGGAUAUUCAUAAUGAAGAUCGCUCGAUGGUGCUAUGGAAGAAAAAGCACAGCCUCGCUUCAAAUCACCUUUUCACUGGGAGGGCAUUAGAUGAAAUUGGGAGGAAUAUCUUAGACGAGGUGAAGUUUUCGUUUAAGUUUCCUUUCGGAGGAUGA